CUGAUUCAAAAAAUAUAUUUACGACAAUGUCAUAAAUUAUCAAUAUUGACAAAAUGACAGAAUGAAUAAAACCCAAAAAAAAUCUCCAGAAACCUAAACACAUGGCAAAACUCAUUAUAAUGUAACUUUAUAAAGACUAAUAAGCAUAUAAAAUUAUAUAACUGUGAUAUGCCGGGGCCGGAUGUGAGAGCCAAUGACAAUGUCCUCGGCGAGAUGUCGACAGAGCCUACGGCGACCGUUCAUAGUGGAGUAGAGGCCAAGGCGGAGCGAAAACUUACUGUUCUAGAAACUCAUGGCUACGUACUUGGCAGGACUAUUGGCUCAGGCUCGUAUGCUACCGUUAAGGUUGCUACCAGCGACAGGCACAACUGCCAGGUCGCAAUAAAAAUUAUUAGCAAGUUUCAAGCACCUGGAGAUUAUCUGAAAAAGUUCUUACCUAGAGAAAUAGAAGUAGUGAAAGGACUUAAACAUGAAAAUCUUAUACGGUUCCUCCAAGCUAUUGAAACUACACAUAGAGUUUACAUAGUAAUGGAAUAUGCUGAGAACGGCAGUCUACUGGAUAUAAUACGCAAGGACCAGCACAUUGAUGAAAUGCGAGGUCGCCGUUGGUUUCGCCAGCUUGUAGAAGCUGUAGACUACUGCCAUGAACGUGGAGUUGUUCACAGAGACAUAAAAUGCGAAAAUCUCCUCAUGGACCAUGGUUUGAACAUUAAAUUGUCUGAUUUCGGAUUCGCUCGGGGUCACAUGAAACCGAAAAACGGUGUUUUCGCUCUGAGUGAAACAUUUUGUGGCAGCUAUGCGUAUGCGUCACCGGAAAUCUUGAAAGGCGUCCCGUAUAGGCCACAAGAUUCUGAUAUUUGGAGCAUGGGUGUUGUUUUAUAUGCCAUAGUGUACGGUCGACUGCCUUUCGAUGACACUAAUUACACACAAUUGUUGAAGCAAGUGCAAAAUAAAGUAACGUUUCCUCGCGAGCCGAAAGUAUCAACCGAGUGCAGAAAGCUGAUCACAAAAGUUCUAGCACCGUUGAAGAUACGUGUAAAAAUUCCACAAAUACUGGCUGAUCCCUGGCUCAACCCCAACCAGCCGCCGAGAGACGAAGAGGUCGAUACUCAGGAGAAUGCAAAAGCCAGUAAGGAGGAGAUAAAGAGCGUCAACAUCGGCACAGUCACGUUCGACAGAAAAUUGGAGGAAGUGAAAUGACGUCGGCAGAGUUGAAAAAAUAAAUUCAAUUAAAAUCACUUUUCAAUA